UGAACAUAGAUGAAUGGCUAUACUUACACUUUAGAAAUCCUGCCUUCAAAAAAUACUUGUCAUUACCGGAGAAUGUCUUAUUCAUGCGAGACUCGUAAGUUUUAAAGACAAAUUCUGUAUUCCCAAAGUCUGCUUACUCUCUGGCAAAAACUUGACACUGAAACGUUUAGGUCAUAUUCUACAGGUCACCUUUUAAGUGGAUUUACCGGCCACAGAUUGGCGAUUGGAAGUUGGAGGGUUGUCGCGCUUUUUCAAAUUGGUAAGAUGAGUCGGAAUAUAUAUUACUCCGAAAAAUACUACGAUGACAUCUAUGAAUACAGACACGUUCACCUACCGAAAGAUUUGGCGAAACAGGUACCUAAAAAUCACCUUAUGUCCGAAAUGGAGUGGCGAAAGUUGGGAAUUCAACAGUCAGCUGGUUGGGUGCACUAUAUGAUCCAUGAACCAGAACCACAUAUCAUUCUGUUCCGACGUUCACGCACUGAUAUACAACAACCAACAUCAUCUGCUGCUAAUAAGACAGAAUCUGGUCAAGUCCCUAUGCAUGCAUAACUGUUAACUUUAGCAAACUGCGUGUCAAGUUCUUCUUUGUUGGAAAUCGUUAAAUAAUAUGUCACUGAAUCACUGCUGCGAAAUGCUUAUGUAUAUACAUUACUUUCUAUAGAUGUUUAUAUUACUAGGUACGUAUGUACCUAUAUUCACUUUGACGCAUGAGUGACUUUGUUUUCAAUUGUCAUGUGGUGAUUAUAGGUCUAACGGUUGUUAAGCUACUUGCGAACUGAGCAUGACGUCAUAAGGUACUAUGGUGUGACUCUGGCAGUUCAUUCACCUUCAUCUUAAUCUUUUUGCAAAUGUUUCUUUGUGCAACUAGUCGUGUAGCUUCAUUCAUUCGUUAUCGUCUCUAACAUUGUACUGAGUAAGCUAAUGCACGAUACUUUCUUACUGUUUACAACAGUGGACCUUAAGGAAAUUACACAGCCACAUUCUAA